CGGAAGUGCUUGUUCUUUUCUUUCCCGGGUGGUUUUGCUGUUGUUUCGAGCUUCUCGGUAAGCGGCGGUUACAAUCCGUUGGCAUCCGUGAAAAAUCCAGGCAGCUGCGGCCAAGAAACCCUCGCCAUGCCUCGAAAAAUUGAAGAGAUCAAAGAUUUUCUAUUGACUGCCAGGAGGAAAGAUGCAAAAUCUGUUAAGAUCAAGAAGAAUAAAGACAAUGUAAAGUUCAAGGUGCGUUGUAGCCGAUAUCUGUAUACCCUGGUUAUCACAGAUAAGGAAAAGGCUGAAAAACUGAAGCAGUCUCUGCCACCAGGUUUGGCAGUAAAAGAGCUGAAGUGAAUACGUCCUCUUUGGAAUUUGGCCGGUGGAUUGUAAUAAAGGAAUGAACUUUC